CGGGAGGACGCCAGGCAGCCGCCCCCGCCGCCUCCGCCCCUAGAAAGCCCGGCCGCCGGCGCCGCGGAAAGCUGCUUCCGGGGAGGAGGAGGAGGAGGAAGAGGGGCCGGGUAGAGGGAGGGGAGACGAGACAGGAGAAGGAGGAGCAGCACCGAGACGCCCCCCGGCGCGAUUGAUGGGCGGCUCCUCCGCCCCACCGGCCCGCCUGCCCCGCCCCUCGGCCCCUUCAGCCCUAGCAGGUGGGGAAGGACUGACCCGCCAGCACAAGUUUGGUCCAAUCUACUGUCACCAGUGACUUAAAACAGAAGCGUGCAUGACCAUGAGUGGAUUUUAAACUGAGAAGCAGUUCAAAGAAGCAGCAAGAGUUCAUCUUUCUGCCUGUUUUAGCACCAUUGUUUUCUGAAAAGAGUGGGAACGUCAUUCUGUGCAGGUUGGGAAUUGAGAAUCAUGUUGCACGAAGCCACUCACAGGCAGAAGUUUGUGAGUGAUGUUCAGUAUCUGCGGGACAUGCAGCACAAAGUGGACUCUGAGUAUCAGGCUUGUCUGAGACAACAAGAACACAGAAGAGACCCAAAUGAGAAGAAACGGGAUCGAUUUGGGGGGCAAGAGGCAGAUUUGGAGAGACCCAGGUUUUCAAGUGGGUCAUCUGCCAAACAGAGUUCUGGUGAGGAGGAUUCUGUAGCCGAACCAAGACUAUCCACCAAGAGUUCUGCGGUUAAGGGUGAUUCCAGACUCCCAGCAAUUGACCCAACACCAGUCAAACAGAAACACAAAAGCACUAUGACUCCAAGGAAACCGGAGAAGGCGGGCCCCAGCAAACCCUCUUCAGCAGCCCAGGCACCACAAAUUUUGUCAAGGAAGAGGAGGCCAAACCUGGGGAGACUGACAGUCAGCCCAGAAACGCAGAGCCCAAGAGUGGCCGAGGACAGGAGCAGACAGAAAUCACAGCUGCCGGCCAAGGCACCGACCCUCAGGGGACCAGGUCCAAUAGUCCAACAAGAGGGCCCAAUGUGGGCAGGUGGCACCAAGCUGAAGAGGCCAACUCAAGAGAGAAGACACUUAGCCCCGUCCUCACAGCUAACGACUAUGACUGAGAAUACCCCUGAGAGAGCCAAAAGAGGAGACUUGAGUGUCCUUUCCCAGAAUGAGCCACAUCCGGGCCUAUCUCAGGCCUUCCAAGGAACAAACAGCCCUCAAGUGUUGAGUGUGUCCUUGGGGCCACCACUCCUAACCACCACCACAAGAAGGGCACCCUUCAGGUUCAGAGAUGAAGGCCUUUAUUCCAUUUUAUCAUUAGACCCUGGAGGAGAAAAUGAUAACAGCGAAGAGGAGACCCUCAUAAAGGAAGAACUUUUGUUGGUUGGUCUGAGCCCCCCUCAUUCUCCUCCCAGUCGUAAGAGAAGUCAGUUUCUUAGGACAUCAGCCACUCAGGCCAAAAGUAAAAAUUUUGAAGAAAGUCCUAAAAAUGGCAGAGCUAAUGCAGUAAGAAGAACUGAGGCCAGUCGUGGCUCAUUAAGAACGAGCAAUGCGAUGGAGCCAGUGACAGACCAGCUUUCUGGGGAGGCAACGGUGUUUCAAGACCCCAAGCCGCCUGAUGGAGGGCCUCCUAAGAAGAAUGACAGCGAUGACGGUGAACAUGAGAAAAGCACCUUUCCUUCAUGGGACACUGAAUCCACAGCUCGUCCAGAUGAGGACCUCAGUGCUGAAAAUGGAUUUAGAGAUUGUACCUCCAUGGGAGAUAGGCCUGGUGCCUGUGAUUACAAAAGAGAUUGGCAUGCCUAUUUAAACAGUUCUAGUAAUUCUCUUGACUAUUUUCUUUCUGGUAGACCAACAGCUCCAAGAUCACCAGUGAAUUCAUCUUAUACCACUCCUGGAUCAUUAAUGCAUUCUGCCAUGAGAGAUGAUAUUCUAGGAGACUCGCCAAUGUCAUCUGCAUUCAUUCACGGUUCAGACCCAGAGGGAAACUCAAGGUUUAAUAUUCGCCAACCACUGUCCCCCAUUAGAAAUAGGAAUCCACUCGCCAGUGCUGAAAACCACAGUUAUUUUCCAGUAAACAGAGCAUAUGAAUUUGAUGUCAGGGGAGAAGAUAUUACUUUAACAAACCCAUCCCAGGGGGCUCCAGCAUGUACAGAAGAGCUCUCAUUAAAUCCUCAAAGCAACCUGUCCUUGGUGGAGUCUUCCAGCUCCUCUCCAUCAAGAAUGAACUUACAAGGCCAUUUGCAUGUGCCCAGGUCCUUGCAAGAAAACAUACCUUUUACUUUCUUUGCAGUCUCUGAUUUCCCAAAUCAAAAUGAUAAUGGGAACAGAAUGGCAGCCUUUGCUUUCACAGAUGAAAAGGAGGCCAAUAAGAUAAAGGCAAACCCCGAGAAACUCAAGAAAUUGCAAGAAAGUCUCCUGGAGGAGGACUCCGAGGAGGAGGGAGACUUGUGUCGCAUCUGUCAGAUAGCCGGGGGUUCCCCAACCAACCCCCUCUUGGAGCCUUGCGGCUGUGUGGGAAGCCUGCGGUUUGUUCAUCAGGAGUGCCUGAAAAAGUGGCUGAAAGUGAAAAUAACAUCAGGAGCGGAUCUAGGUGCCGUGAAGACCUGCGAAAUGUGUAGGCAAAGCCUGCUGUUUGAUCUGGAUGAUUUUAACAUGACCGACUUCUACCACAAGCACCAGCGAUCCCGGGCACAAAAUGAGCUGAUGAAUUCAGGCUUGUACCUGGUGCUGCUGCUUCACCUCUAUGAACAGAGGUUUGCAGAACUCAUGAGACGCAACUACAACCGAGUCGUAAGAGAAAGGUUGUCAAGAAAUUACCCACAACCCAGACCGGAAGAAAAUGAAAAUUCCGAGCUGGGGGAUGGAAGUGAAAGCAGCAGCCACGUUGUCUAGCAAGGGAGCUGGUCCGGGAGCUCCGCAAAGACACCGCCCCACAGCCGCUUCUUCUACGAC